CAUCUUCCUGCGGCGCGUUGCGACAUGGAGGGCGCAAUGGCCGUGCGGGUGGCGGCGGCUCAUACGGCAGGAGCCGGGGCCGGGCGGGAGCGGGGCGAGCCAGGAGGCGCAUUGGCGGCGGCGGCCUCAGCUCCCGGCGGCUUCCUUGGCCUUGCGACGCCAUUCAGCGAAGAAGAUGAAGACGACGUGCACAAGUGUGGCCGUUGCCAGUCUGAGUUCACUGCCCUCGAAGACUUUGUACAACACAAAAUACAGAAGGCAUGUCAGCGCACACCCCAGGAAGCUACGACAGCCACAGCAGCAGCCCUGCUGGGCCAGGAGCAGGUGGUCCCAUCUGGGGAGGAGUCCAUUACAGUGGCUCACAUUGUUGUGGAGACAUCUUCGCUCUCAGAGGAUGUCAGCAGUGCUCCGGACAUCAUUGGCAGCGGUCAUAUCAAAGAAGUCAUUGUCGCAGCAACAGACCAUGUCAUUGAAAACCCCAGUGGGCCUGGGGACAGCGAGCUUGUAGAAGGUCCUGUUAGUCCCGAUGACACUGAGCAAGAUGUUUCCACUGAGCUGCUAAAGGUGAAGCUGCUUGUCAACAAGGAAGGACGCUACGUGUGUGAGCUGUGUCACAAGACGUUUAAAACGGCCAGUAUCCUCAAAGCCCACAUGAUCACACACAGUAGCAAGAAGGACUAUGAGUGUAAGUUAUGUGGAACUUCCUUUAGGACCAAGGGUUCUCUCAUCCGGCAUCACCGGCGACACACAGAUGAACGCCCUUACAAGUGCAAGAACUGUGGGAAGAGCUUUAGAGAGUCUGGAGCUCUAACCCGACACCUGAAAUCCUUAACUCCAUGUACAGAAAAAAUCCGAUUCAACAUGAACAAAGAAAUAGUUGUUAGCAAAGAAGACGUUCCCCCAGGAUCCAGCGAUUCAAACACUGAAACAGUCACAGCCAUCACAAGUGAAUCCAUUGAGACAACACCACCAGUGAUUCACCUUGUCACCGAUGACAAGGGCACGGUCAUCCACGAGGUCCAUGUCCAGAUGCAGGAGCUUCCUGUGGACAUGAAAACCUUAGCACAGGAGACAUCAGCCCCUGAAAAGGUGCCUUCUGAAGGGGAGGUGAGCAGUGAGAAUUUGCUGAGACAAGCCAUGCAGAACUCGGGUCUCGUGAUCGAGAGAGUUGCAGUAGAAGAGGGUCCCAUGCCUGCUGAGCCUUGUGUUGGCACUGCCCAGGAGCCAGGGCCUGAGGGGGUGAGGACAGGAGAGCAGCACUUUGUAGCUGUGGAAGAAGUGCAAACAGCUGACCCAGCGCCCCAGAGUGGAUAUACACAGUACUCCUGCCCUCACUGUGUAGAAGUCUUCAGGUCUGCCCCAGCCCUGGAGGUGCAUGCCAAAGCCCAUGUUGGACAACAGCUGUUCAGGUGUGAGCAGUGUGGAAAGGAGUUCCCCAAGGCCUACCUGUUGAAGAAGCACCAGGAGGUACAUGUCAGAGAGCGGCGCUUUCGCUGUGGCGAGUGUGGGAAGCUCUAUAAGACUAUUGCCCACGUGAAGGGGCACCGCCGCGUACACUCAGAUGAGCGUCCAUACGCCUGCCCCAAGUGUGGGAAACGUUAUAAGACCAAGAAUGCACAGCAGGUACACUUCCGGAUACACCUGGAGGAGAAGCCCCACGUGUGCCAAUUCUGCAGCCGGGGCUUCCGGGAGAAGGGGUCCCUGGUGCGGCAUGUACGGCAUCACACUGGGGAGAAACCCUUCAAGUGCUACAAGUGUGGCCGGGGCUUUGCUGAGCACGGGACACUCAACCGGCAUCUGCGGACCAAAGGAGGCUGCCUGCUGGAGGUGGAAGAAGUGGUGGUGUCCAGGGCUAGCCCAUCGACCCCGACACUGUCUGAGGAUGCCCACACGGUGCUGGUGGAGUUCUCCUCUGUGGUGGCCGAUACUCAGGAGUACAUCAUUGAGGCCACCACGGAAGACACUGAGACCAGUGAAGCCACGGAAAUCAUUGAGGGCACACAGGCUGAGGUGGACAGCCACAUCAUGAAGGUAGUGCAGCAGAUUGUGCACCAGGCAGGCUCUGGUCACCAAAUCAUCGUCCAGAAUGUCACAGUGGAUGAAGAUGAGGGAAUGGCAGCCAGUGCGGCAGCUGCUUCUGAUACCAUCACCAUUGCCACCCCUGAGAGCCUCACAGAGCAAGUGGCCAUGACCCUGGCCUCAGCCAUAGGAGAGGGCGCUGUGUUGACUACUCGGGCAGGAAUCGAGGCUGACCAGGCCACCGUCACUAUGGUGGCCUCUGAGGACAUAGAGAUCCUGGAGCAUGCUGGAGAGUUUGUGAUCUCCUCACAAGAGGGUGAACUGGAAGUACAGACAGUCAUUGUGUAAGGACGUGUCUGGCCUGGAAGGAUUGGGGUUGACCCACCCCCCCAGGAGCAAAUGUGUGUUCAUCAGUGUCACUGCAUGGUCUGGAAGCCAAGGAUGGAGCCAGGAGGAUCUGAGCCCCGAAAGUUUUGACAAAAGCGAAGGUCAUGGAAAGGCUGCCUUGAAUCAUGCAGAUGAUGGACAGAAGUGGCCUUGGGGGGCCAAGGUGUUUGGAGUGCUAGAAGAUGGACUGGGGAUGGAUCUGGAGCUUCCCAGCUGGGCCUGUCUGCUGUCCCCUAGCACUGCCAGGACCCUUCCUGAGCAAGCCAGGGAGGCAAGAAAGCCAUAUUGUACAUUUCAAACCACAGAGCAAUUUAAGACAAAAACAGAAUCCCAAAUGUCACAUUUGGGGCUGUGAACAAAAUGAUUUUUCCUUUGUUUACAAUAAAAUAUUAAAACCA